GUCCCAACGUCGUCCGUGAGGUAGCCGCCAUGCAAGCAACGCCCAAGCCAGCGGCGAUUGUCAAAGUGCGGAGUUUGAUGCGGCACAAGUCGAGUGGGAGCCAGUCGCAGCUCCUCACGCGCGGCGGCGUCAUUCAUGCCCCAAUGCGGGCGCGGAACCCUCGCGAGCAGCACCGCGUGUCGUCCGCGCUGGAAAAACUGUACGACCUGACGCUUGUUGUGGGGCUGUCGGCAGUGUCGCAUCAGUUUGCCGAGCACAUUCAAGCGGGCCGCGAGCUCGCGCAUGGAUUCGGGACAUUCUGCAUGUCGUUUUUUGCGCUGUGGAAUGCAUGGCUGCCGUUUGUGUGGUUCAGCUCGACGUACGAUGUGGACGACGUGUUUUAUCGAAUUGGCGCCAUGGGCCAAAUGAUGGGCAUCCUCAUGGUAUGCGACGGCAUCGACCACAACAUGGACGAGAUCUUCGCGGGCUACAUCAUGCUGCGCGUGUGUUACACCGUUUUGUUUCGCUUCCGCGCAGCGUACCAAGACCCGCCGCACCGGAGCAUCAAUAUCCGCCACGGCGUCGUGUCGAGUGUGAUCUUGGCCGGGUGGUACUGCCAGCAGGCGCUUCCGUCGGACGAAGUGACGUCGACGGUCGCGUUUCUUGUGAUUGGGGUGUGUGACGUCAGCGCGCCGGCGCUUGUCGAGCACUGGAGCACCCUAAAGAUGCCCUUCCAUCCCCACCACAUCUCGGAGCGGUACAGCGAGUUUACGAUCAUCGUGUUUGGCGAGUCGCUGUUGUCUGUGUCGCACUCGACCGUGCUUAAACCGAACGCGGCCUUCAACACGGAAGCUGUCAAGACGUCGACUGCAUCGGUGAUCCUUCUCUUUGCCCUGUGGUGGCUCUACUUUCUCGUCCCGUUUGGCAAACUCCUCCAUGACCAUCCGCACAAAGUUCACGUGGUCGGGUAUGGCCACUUUGUCAUUCACUUUUCGCUCGCGGGCUUUGCCACGGGGCUGUACCUGGCUGGCCUCGCCACCGACGACAACGCCGUGAUCACCCGCGAACGAAGGCGGCUGGCCAGCGCCGAGUCCAGAGACGUCUCGAUCACUACCGCGUCGUGGGUCAUCGCCAUUUCGUUGAGCAUCUACAUCUUGACCAUACCCGUCUUGAUUGGGGCUCCGUGGUUGUCGCUGGCCAAGAACGUGUUCGUGGCCGCGAUGUUUGUCCUCACAGCCGCCUUUGUUACGCCGCACGUCACGGUCGGCACGCUGCUGUGGGUCUAUUGCGUCCCCAUCCUGUCCUUCCUGCCCUACGUCAUCUGGCGGACCCGGCGCAAAGAUCCGUAUGUCAUCCCGUCCUGAGGCCCCUUCUUCAGACAUUAGCGCGCAGUUAUAUAUCGUCGUAAUGCUAAAUUUAGACGACGUCAUCAUGCGUCGUCGCGC